UCUCAAAGGUGAAGAUCCGUGAGCUUAAAGAUGACUACGCAAAGUUCGAGCUCCGCGAGACCGAUGUAUCCAUGGCCAAUGCUCUCCGUCGCGUUAUGAUCUCCGAGGUCCCCACCGUCGCAAUCGAUCUGGUCGAAAUCGAGACUAAUUCAUCUGUGCUCAACGACGAGUUCAUCGCUCAUCGAUUAGGUCUCAUCCCUCUCACUAGCGAGCGUGCUAUGAGCAUGCGCUUCUCUCGAGAUUGCGAUGCUUGCGAUGGAGAUGGACAGUGCGAGUUCUGCUCUGUUGAGUUUCGGCUUAACGCUAAAUGUGUCACUGACCAAACCCUAGAUGUUACUAGUAGGGAUCUGAUAAGUUUUGAUGCUACUGUUACUCCUGUCGAUUUCUCUCUCGAUUCCUUUGGAACUGACUCAAGCGAGCAAAGAGGAAUUAUCAUUGUGAAGCUGCGCCGUGGACAAGAACUGAGGCUUAGGGCGAUAGCUAGGAAAGGAAUCGGGAAAGAUCAUGCAAAAUGGUCUCCUGCAGCUACUGUGACGUUUAUGUAUGAGCCUGACAUAAUCAUUAAUGAAGAUAUGAUGGAUACUUUGACAGACGAGGAGAAAAUCGACUUGAUUGAUAGCAGCCCGACCAAAGUUUUUACGCUUGAUCCGGUCACCGGACAGGUUAGUUUAGACAUUGUGGAUGAAUGUCCUCUUAUCAAGUUAUUGGCUUUCCAUGCUUUGAAAUAUAUGAUAUUUGGUGUAUGA